AUGGCAUCAACCUCACCCCCUCUAUCCCGCCCCGCCCUCAGCACCAAGGCCCACCGAUACCGCAUACUCUCAACCCUCCUCUCCCUACUAGACCGAUACCUCUCCUGGCCCUUCCCCCCAAAAGCAAACAUCGAUAUCGCCAUUCCCUCAAAAGUCAGCAAAGCCCCAGGAUCAAUCCAACUCUACUUCUUCACCGCACCCUCAAACCCCCUCUCACCCCGCAAGCAAACCAACCCAUCCCCGCCCCGCCCCGUCCUAAUCAAUUUCCACGGCGGUGGCUUUUCAAUCGGCCACGCUCUCGACGAUUCCCGCUGGGCUGGAACGGUGCUAAAAGCCUACCCAGAUGCGGUAGUCGUAAGCGUCAAUUACCGCCUCGCCCCAGAACACCCCUUCCCCGUCGCGCUGGAAGACGGCGUCGAUGCUAUAUUAUGGCUGUGGCAAGAAGCGAAGAAGUACAAUCUUGACAGAACGCGUUUCACGCUCAGUGGAUCCAGCGCAGGCGGGAACCUCGCUCUGGCAAUGCCGUUCCGGCUGCAUGAGGAAUUGCAGAAAAAGCUCUGGGCGUCGAUACGUGGGGAAAUAGCGUUAGCUGGAUUGGUGGUAUUUUACCCCAGCACGGACUGGACACGAACGCGGAUAGAGCGUGAUGCUACGAAUCCUAUCUCUGCGCAGAAAUCUAUGAUCUCCCCUUCUAUGUACAAGUUCUUUGACGAUUCAUACCUUCUUGCUGCGGGAUUACCAAAACGGCCUGGUACAGGUCGGAUGGAUAUGUCGCAUCCUUAUCUAUCGCCUGGUUUGGCGCCUGCAUCUCUAUUGUAUGCGGCUUAUCCGCCUGCUGUGGCGAUUUAUACUUGUGGGUGGGAUCAGUUGCUUGUUGAGGGGAAUACGUUCCGAGAAAGGCUUGGUGGGUUUGUUGAAGAAGGAAAGAUGGCGAGUGUAGGUGGCUUUGUAGUUGAGGAUGUUGUUCAUGGAUUUGAUAAGAAGCCGUCUUUUUGGAGGGGGAAUCAAGUGCGUGAUAGGAUGUACGGGGAUGCUCUUAACCAGUUGAAGGUGAUGUGGAAGAUGGAUUGA